AUGACAACAUUUUCUGAUAUUGAUAGAUUGGCGAUCUCGACGAUGAGAUUGCUGGCAGUCGAUGCGGUAUCGAAGGCGAAUUCUGGUCAUCCAGGUGCGCCAUUGGGUAUGGCACCGGCAGCUCAUGUUUUGUUGAGGAACAUGCGCAUGAACCCAAAGAACCCGGGGUGGAUCAACAGAGAUAGAUUUGUGCUAUCCAACGGCCAUGCUUGCGCAUUGCUGUACUCGAUGCUGCAUUUGACGGGGUACGACUUCUCAAUCGAGGACUUGAAGAGUUUCAGACAAUUGCACUCCAAGACACCAGGUCAUCCUGAAUUUGAACUGCCUGGCGUUGAGGUCACCACGGGUCCACUGGGCCAGGGUGUCUGUAACGCAGUUGGUAUUGCGAUCGCACAAGCAAACUUUGCGGCUACCUACAACAAGCCAGAAUUCACAUUAUCCGAUUCUUACACCUACGUUUUCUUAGGUGAUGGUUGUUUGCAGGAAGGUGUUUCUUCGGAGGCUUCUUCGUUGGCUGGUCACCUGCAAUUGGGUAACUUGGUUGCAAUCUACGACGAUAACAAAAUCACCAUCGAUGGUGAUACCAAAGUUUCCUUCGAUGAAGACGUUUUGAAAAGAUACGAGGCCUACGGUUGGGAAGUUUUGACCGUCAACAAGGGAGACGAUGAUCUUGCUUCUAUCGAUGCUGCUAUCAAACAAGCCCAAAAAUCCAAGGACAAACCAACCAUCAUCAAGUUGACCACCAUCAUUGGAUACGGUUCCCUAAACGAGGGUUCUCACUCCGUCCACGGUUCUCCAUUGAAGGCAGACGAUGUCAAGCAAUUAAAGAAGAAAUUCGGUUUUGACCCAGAACAAUCAUUUGUUGUUCCACAAGAAGUUUACGAUUUCUACCAAAAAUCUGUCGCACAACCUGGUGCGGAACUAAAUGCCAAAUGGGACCAAUUGUUCUCUAGUUUCCAAAAGAGAUACCCUGAGGUCGGCAAAGAAUUGGUUAGAAGACUGAGUGGUAAACUACCUGAAAACUGGGAUGAAAAACUACCAAGAUACACUCCAAAAGACUCAGCUGUUGCAACCAGAAAACUAUCUGAAAUGGUCUUCGAAGACAUUUAUGCUGAACUUCCAGAACUAAUUGGUGGUUCUGCUGAUCUAACUCCAUCGAACUUGACCAGAUGGAAUGAAGCUGUUGAUUUCCAACCAACAAACUCUGGUAUUGGUAAUUACGCUGGUAGAUACAUCAGAUAUGGUAUUAGGGAACACGGUAUGGGUGCGAUUAUGAACGGUAUCUCAGCAUUUGGCGCAAAUUACAAGCCUUAUGGUGGUACCUUCUUGAACUUCGUGUCUUAUGCUGCAGGUGCAGUCAGAUUAUCUGCUUUGUCUGGACACCCAGUUAUUUGGGUUGCUACUCACGAUUCUAUCGGUUUAGGUGAAGAUGGUCCAACUCAUCAACCUAUUGAAACUUUAGCACAUUUCAGAGCUCUACCAAAUACCAGUGUCUGGAGACCUGCUGAUGGUAAUGAAGUGUCUGCUGCUUAUAAGAGUGCAUUGGAAUCAAAACAUACACCACAUAUCAUCGCUUUAUCAAGACAAAAUUUACCGCAGCUGAAGGGCUCUACUGUUGAAAAUGCUCUAAAAGGUGGUUACGUUUUACAAGAAGUCUCUAAUCCAGAUAUCAUCUUGAUUGGUACUGGUUCAGAAGUGUCAUUAUGUGUUGAAGCAGCUCAAUUAUUGGCUGCUAAGAACAUCAAGACACGUAUUGUUUCCAUGCCAGAUACCUUGACAUUUGAUAAACAACCAACUGAAUAUAGACUAUCAGUCUUACCAGACCGUGUCCCAAUUAUGUCUGUUGAAGUUCUUUCAACUGCUGGUUGGUCUAAAUAUGCCCAUCAAUCCUUCGGUUUGCACACUUUUGGUGCUUCUGGUAAGGCAUCUGAUGUCUUCAAAUACUUUGAUUUCGUUCCAGAAGGUGUUGCUUCAAGAGCUGAAAAGACUAUCGCUUUCUACAAGGGUAAAGAAGUUGACUCGCCAUUAAAGACAGCUUUUUAA